AUGGCGGCCCAGCUGCUUCACACGCGGCUUCCUAGGGACGGGACCGCUGCCGCCGCCGCAUCUGUCCCGGGCACCGCAGUCAAGGCUGGGGCUCCGCGGACGGGAAUUUCAGAUAUGCUUACCUUAGAGAAGGAAUUCCUCAGUUCUCCACCAAGAAAGACUGUCCGGUUUGGUGGGACUUUGACAGACAUCUUACUAAAAUACAAAAAGGGUGAUACAAGUGACUUUGAGUUGUUGAAGCACCAGUUGUCAGAUCCAGACAUAAAGGAUGCCCAGAUCAUUAACUGGCUGUUAGAGUUUCGAAAUUCAGUCACAUACUUGACAAAGGACUUUGAACAGCUUAUCAGCAUUUUAUUAAAAUUGCCAUGGCUAAAAAGGAGCCAAGAAGUGUUGGAGGAAUAUUUGGCUUUUCUUGGCAAUCUUGUUUCAGCACAGACUGUCUUUCUAAGACCUUGCCUCAGCAUGAUUGUUUCUCAUUUUAUACCUUCUCGGGUAAUCAUUAAGGAGGGUGAUGCUACUAUUUCAGAUUCAGAUGACGAAGAUGAUAAUCUUCCUGCAAAUUUUGACACAUGUCAUAGAGCCUUACAAUUAAUAGCAAGAUAUGUCCCCUCUACACCAUGGUUUCUCAUGCCAAUUCUUGUGGAAAAAUUUCCUUUUAUUCGAAAAUCAGAAAGAAUUUUGGAGUGCUAUAUCCAUAAUCUACUAAGGAUUAGUGUAUAUUUUCCAACCUUGCGACCUGAAAUUUUGGAACUUGUCAUUGAAAAGUUACUCAAGAUAGAUGUGAGUGCAUCACGACAAGAUAUUGAAGAUGCAGAGGAUGCGAGGGAAACGGCUAUUCAAAGUGAUGAGACAGAUACAGUAGAAAGACUAUUUAAUAUGGAUGAAGAUGAAGAACCUAAAAAUGAAACAAAAGAUAUUUCUGGAAAGAAUGAUCAAAUGGCGCAUCCAGUAGCUGAGCGUUUAGAUAUUCUUUUAUCCUUGCUCUUUUCCUACAUAAAAGAUGUCUGCUAUAAAAACGGUGAGAUUGAUAUUAACAAAACAAAGGAUUUGUAUCGAGACUUAUUAGGGAUCUUUGACAAGCUGGUGUUACCAACCCAUGCCUCCUGUCAUAUACAGUUUUUUAUGUUUUACCUCUGUAGCUUUAAAUUGGGAUUUGCAGAAGCGUUUUUGGAACAUCUUUGGAAAAAAUUGCAGAAUCCAAAUAAUCCUGCCAUUCUCAGGCAAGCUGCUGGCAAUUAUAUUGGUAGCCUCUUGGCAAGAGCUAAAUUUAUUCCCAUCAUUACUGUAAAAGCCUGCCUAGACCUUUUGGUUAACUGGUUGCAUAUCUACCUUGAUAACCAGGACACAGGAACAAAAGCUUUCUGUGAUGUUGCUCUUCAUGGACCAUUUUAUUCAGCAUGUCAGGCCGUGUUUUACACUUUUAUUUUUCGACAUAAGCAGCUUUUAGAUGGAAACUUAAGGAAAGGAUUGGCAUAUCUACAGAGUUUAAAUUUUGAGCGCAUAGUUAUGUCUCAGCUGAAUCCCUUAAAGAUUUGCCUCCCUUCUGUUGUUAACUUAUUUGCUGCCAUUACAAGGAAAUACCAGUUAGUGUUUUGUUACACUAUUAUUGAGAGGAACAACCGACAAAUGCUUCCAGUUCUUAGAAAUACUACAGGAGGUGGCUCAGUACAGACUUGUACCAAUCCACUUGACACAUUCUUUCCUUUUGAUCCUUGUGUUCUCAAGAGGUCCAAAAAAAUCAUUGAUCCUAUUUAUCAGUCAUGGGAAGAUUUGAGUGCUGAAGAGCUGCAGGAGUUUAAGAAACCUGUUGAAAAGGGAACAAUAGAAGAUGAAGAUGAUGACUUUUUAAAGGGUGAAGUGCCACAGAAUGACAGUUUGGUUGGAAUUACACCAAGUUCUUUUGAGUCAAGUUUUCGGAGCCCAUCAAGCAGUGUAGGGUCCCCACAGGUCACAUAUAUAUUGGACCAGCCUCUCUGACAAGAAUGAAUGAAUGACUGAAGAGACUUUUCCCCCUAAAAAACCAAACAAAACACAAACUUGAAUACCAAGUUUCAUAGGUUAUGGAAAUUGAACUUAAUUCAAACCACUGACAUACCUCAGGUAUCCUGGUUUCAAGUUAAAUUUUAA